AUGUCAUUGGUUAAGGAAGACCACAUUAGUAGUCCUCCUAGUGCAAGCCAGCUACAAUUUUGUAGCCCUAACUUUUUCCGUUGUUUGGAUCGCAACCAGGAUGAUAGCUUGGAUUUCUGGGAAGUCCUCACAUUGUACUACAUCAUGAAAACCCGAGGUGUGUGGUGCAAGAGCUGUGGAGUGUGCCAAUUGGGACUUUAUUUCACAUGCGUUGCAUGCUUUGACAACGCUAGCCACACUUAUGAUCUCUGUACUAAUUGCUAUAGCCAACGGAGGUACAGCCACCACCACGUCUCCUUCUUAUAUAGCUACAUGUUGUUGCGCUCCAAGAGAGGACUUCCUCUUGGUGCACCAAAUCUGAAUCAGUUUCCGUCAACCCUCUACAUUCAAAUGGAAUCUAACCCAAAUUCAGCAGCCUUGGCCCAGCAAGUCCAAGCCCUUGUAGCCACCAUUGAAGAACUCACCAAACAAAACCAGGAAAUGAAGCUAUGGCUCCAGCAGGUUCAACAGGCUCAAUAA